AUAUUUGGUUGAAAAAUACUAGUUACAUGAAAAAGAAACUUAACGGAAAUGAAUAUUCAGUCUGCAAUGAAAGGGCAAAGAAGGGAUUGUGAAAUAGGGUUUAGGGUUUAAGCUACACUAAAAUAAAAUAUAUAUUUUUUUUUCAAAAAAAAAAAAAACCAACCGUUAAACCCUCAAAUUCCCUCUCUCUUUUCUGUGUUUUUUCAGAAUUCGAGCUUUCAGAGUCCGAAAUGGCAGCCUUCGACUACAUUAAGGACAUGUAUGACAUCGCUCUGAAGCCUCGGCUUCUCCGUACGCUUAUCAGAGACCAUGUCCCCAAUGAGAAGCACCCUUUUGGUAGCCCAUCCGAGCUUUCGAUGGUGGUCUCCGCAAUCAAAACCCACAAUCUGCUCUCCGAAUAUGUUAGAGAACCCACGGACCAAAAGGUAAUGGAUACUUGGAGAGCCGCCGUUGAUUCCUGGGUCAACCGCUUGUUGGAGCUCGUUUCCAGUGACAUGCCAGACAAAUGUUGGGCAGGAAUUUGUUUGCUGGGAAUGACUUGUCAAGAAUGCAGCUCAGAUCGUUUCUUGGCUUCAUAUUCUGUUUGGUUCCAGAAGCUUCUAUCACAUAUUCAGUCAGCAGCAGCUUCUCAUUUUUUGAAGAUUGCCUCUUGUGCUUCAAUGUCGGAUAUGCUUACAAGGUUAGGAGGAUUUCCAAAUUUGAAGAAAGAUGGAACUGCCCAUGCUGGGAAAGUCAUUCAACCAGUUUUAAAGCUGUUAAAUGAUGUUCAAUCAGAGGCUGUUUUGGAAGGAGCAAAUAUUUUAUUAUGCACCAUUAUAACUUUCUUUCCAUUUUCCAUCAGUCGUCAUUAUGAAAGUGUAGAAGCUGCUAUUGCUUCAAAAAUGUUGUCAGGAAAUUGCAGCGUUAACAUUUUUGAGAAGCUUGCUCAUUCUCUAGCGUUACUUCCAAAAUCAAGAGGAGAUGAGGACAGCUGGUCCUUAAUGAUGCAGAAGAUUUUGUUAUUAAUAAAUUAUCACUUGAAUGAUGCCUUCCAAGGGUUUGAAGAUGAAAUGAAAUCUAAUGAAGCCAUUAGAUUAUUGGUUCCACCUGGAAAAGAUCGCCCUCCUUUAGGUGGACUUGCAUUGUUGGACGAAGAAUCAUACAAGGAAAGAAGGAGGUCUGCCCAUUUGCUAAUAUCCAGUGUCUCUACAUUGAUGCUUUGCUGCUGUAAAUUGCUCACAAGUUCAUAUCCUGUUCAGGUAACUGUGCCUGUUCGCUCCUUACUAGCACUUGUCGAAAGAGUAUUGAUGGUGAAUGGCUCUUUGCCACUUUCCGUGCGGCCUCUUACGACAGCCAUGCAGCAAGAGUUCAUUUCUUCAGAACUUCCAGUUUUGCACUCAUAUGGUUUGGAACUCCUCACUGCAAUAGUAAAGGGUGUUCGCAGUCAACUUUUGCCACAUGCUGCAUCUGUUGUGCGCCUCAUCUCUGUGUAUUUUAAGAAAUGUGCAUUGCCAGAAUUGAGGAAAAAGAUCUACUCAAUCACAAGGAUAUUGCUGAUAUCCAUGGGUGUUGGAAUGGCAGUAUGCCUUGCACAGGAAGUUAUCAAUAAUGCAUUUGUUGAUUUAAAUCCCACUGAUAAUGAAACUGGUGGCGCAUCUUCUGGUGCAAGCUCAAACACUUCUACUGAAGCAUUGCCACAGGCAGGCAAUAGAAAGAGGAAACAUGGUACUACAAUGGGAUCCCUUCAGUGGCAUGACAGAAGCAGUUCAGAUACGGGAGCCACCAAAAACCAUCCAGUGACUCUGAUUUCUUUGAAAAUAGCUGCACUGGAGGCAUUAGAGGCUCUUCUGACCGUGGGUGGUGCAUUAAGAUCUGAAGGCUGGCGGUCAAAUGUUGAUCUUCUUAUCAUGAACAUAGCAACAAAUUCUUUAAAAGGCGGGUGGGCAAAUGAACCUACUGAAGUUUGGGCAAAUUUGCAGCUCGCAGCAUUGCGUGCACUAUUAGCAUCUUUUCUGUCCUCAUCUCGUGUUCGCUCACCAUAUUUGGCCCAGGGUCUAGAACUCUUUCGUAAAGGUAAGCAAGAAACUGGAACAAAACUUGCUGAAUUCUGUGCCCAUGCACUAUUAGCCUUGGAAGUGCUUAUACAUCCCAGGGUCCUUCCACUGGAAGAUUUCCUUACCGCAAAUAGUAUCUCUAAUGGUGUCCACCAUAGAUUCCCAGAAAGUUUGUGCUCUGAUGGUCUUGAGAACAGAACCACAUUUUCAAGUGGCAAAGAUGGAAUAAGACACAGUUCUUCUGAGCCGGAUCAUGAUGACCUGUAUGAAUGCUGGUUGGGAAAUGGUAAAGAAACUGAACUUCCAGUCAGCACCCCAGGCAACACUACGAACGACAAUGAUAAGCCAUCUGAAACCGUAACAGUCCAUUUAGAUAAAAAGCUUCCAGUUGAGAGUGGCUCAUUUAAUAAAGAAAUUCUAGACGUGAGUGACAAGGAACCUCUAGCAACCAGUGCAAGUACUGAGAAGAAAGGCAAUGGGGAUGAAACUAUGAUUGACUCACAUCAGUUUCAAGAAUCCAUUACACAGGUUGAAAACUCCGUUUCUGCAAAAAUUUCCACCUUUCCUGCAACUAUUGGCGGCUCAUUAGGUACUGAAAUAGUUUCUGAAAAGGUUGCUUCAUUUAGUGAAGUUGUAAAUCAAGCAGGCAAUGAUAUGGCCUCAGGCCUUAAUGUUUUGGUGGAUAAAACAGAAGGGUUUACUAAGAUAGACACAGGUGCUUCAAUGGCAUCAAUUCCUGAGAAGAGUAAGGCAUUUGCUUCUGAAGCGGAUUCUGAAUAUGAGAUGGAAGCUUUCCCUGAUAUUGUGGAUGUAGAUCCAGAUUCUGAAUAUGAAUGAUAUUUUAGUCUUGGUGAUUUUAUGUUUCUAGUCAGUUCCUCUAAAAUUUUUCACCAGAGAGAGGGGAAACAUUUUGUAAAUUCAAUUAUCCAAUGAACUUUUAGUUCAAAGA